CCAAUUGAUGACAAUUUCAAGAAGAGCCAAACAAACUAAGCUAAUCCAAUCGCAUUUUCUACGUAUUUACUGUUACGUUUUCAUCGCUUCCUUGAUGAGCUACAUUAGAGCUAUUUGUGCAGCAGCUGCGGAAAUGAAAAUCCGCAGCAGCAGCAGCAGCAGCAGCAGCCGCAGCAGCAGCAGCCGAGGCAUUUGCAUUAUAAGACUGAUAACAUUAAAGAGAUUUCUACAGAUUUUGGCAAUGCCAACACACACGCAGCAGCGGCAACAGGAGCAACAGCAGGAGCAGCGUGAGCAACAGCAAUCAGCGCAGAGGAAACGCCAUUUAUGGCACACGCAGCCCGCAUCCUGUUGGCAGCAUCAGAGCAGCAGGAACAGCAACAGCAACAUCCACAGCAGCUGGCUUUUGUUGCUGCUGCUGUUAUCCUCGCUGUGGCCGGACUGCGAGUGCCUGCACGGCGCCAAGCUGAGCCCCAGCACGGUGAAGACCAAGUAUGGCCUGCUGCGCGGCAUUGUGGUGCGCUCCACGCCGCUGGUGGAGGCAUUUCUUGGCAUACCGUAUGCAUCGCCGCCUGUGGGCAGUCUCAGAUUUAUGCCACCCAUAACGCCAUCGACGUGGAAAACGGCCCGCAACGCCGAUCGAUUCUCGCCCGUUUGUCCACAGAAUGUGCCCAUACCGCCCAAUGGACCGGAGGCCCUGCUGGAGGUGCCGCGCGCCCGUCUCGCCCAGCUGCGGCGCCUGCUGCCGCUGCUCAAGAACCAAUCGGAAGACUGCUUAUACCUUAAUAUCUAUGUGCCCUACGAGACGCAGCGACCCAGACCGGUUGUCAACGCCAGUUCGAGUACCAGUUCCAGUUCCAGUUCCGGCGCCGGUUCCGAUGCGAUGCUGUCCACUGUGGUGUUCAUACACGGCGAAUCCUUCGAGUGGAACUCGGGCAAUCCCUACGAUGGCUCCGAACUGGCCGCCCAUGGCAACGUCAUCGUUGUGACAAUCAAUUUUCGGCUCGGCAUCUUCGGUUUCCUCAAGACCGGCGGCAAGGAGAGCGCCCAGGGCAAUUUCGGUCUAAUGGAUCUGGUCGCCGGCCUGCACUGGCUCAAGGAGAAUCUGCCCGCCUUUGGCGGCAAUCCUCAGAGCAUAACCCUGCUCGGCUACGGCACGGGAGCUGUGCUGGCCAACAUAUUGGCCGUGUCGCCCGUGGCCAGUGAUCUAAUACAACGCGCUGUGCUCAUAAGCGGCACCGCCCUCUCGCCAUGGGCCAUACAGAAGAAUCCGCUGUUUGUCAAGCGACGCGUCGCCGAGCAGACGGGCUGCCAUGGUGACAUGCUCUACGAUGAUCUGGCGCCCUGUUUGCGCACAAAAAGCGUCGCCGAAUUGCUUUCUGUUAAAAUCGAUCAUCCGCGCUUCCUGGUUGGCUUCGCUCCUUUUGUGGAUGGCACUGUCAUAACGUCCAACACGGAUGCCAUGUCCAGCACUGCCCUGCCCCUGGGCUCAGCUAUUGUUAGUACUUCAGGAAUUGAAUAUGCCAACUUUCCCAAACGCGACCUCAUCUUUUGUCUAACGUCCGUGGAGUCCUAUCUGGAUUUGAGCGCGCAGGAUCUGGAGUUUGGCUUCAAUGAGACGCGCCGAGACCGAAUAUUGCGUACAUUUGUGCGCAACAAUUUUCACUAUCAUUUGAACGAGAUAUUCGCCGUGCUAAAGAACGAGUACACGGACUGGGAGAAGGCCAUCAGGAAUCCGUUGAGCGCUCGGGAUGCGACGCUACAGUUCCUGAGCGAUGGGCACACGGCCUCGCCUCUAAUCAAAUUGGGCUAUAUGCACAGUUUGCGUGGCGGUCGCACGUAUUUUGUGCACUUUAAGCAUCGCACCAUUGAGGAGGAAUAUCCACAGCGAACUGGUUCGGUGCGCGGCGAAGAUGUGCCUUUCUGGCUGGGCUUGCCAGUCUCUCCGCUUUUCCCACACAACUACACGGCACAGGAACGCCAAAUUGGAAGACUAAUGCUGCGCUAUCUGGCCAAUUUCGCCAAGACUGGCAAUCCGAACCAAUCAACGCCCGGCCCCGCCCAGCUGCCUGCCACCAGCCAGAGCCGUGCCCCAGUGCAUAUGCAACGCAAGCGCUCGGCGCCCAGAUACCAGGAUGCGCUGGCGACCGGCGAAGCCCUCAACCUGGCCGUCAUCUACAAUCAGCGUCGCAGCAAUGCGAUGCACGAGAAACGCUCCUAUUUUCGGCGCCGUUUGCGCAGCAACGAGGGACCCGUUCCGCAGCUGGAACUGGACGCAACGAGCACUGAGCACGAGGUGGGCAGCUAUGAUGGGGAUGAGCUGCCCUUCUGGGAUGCCUACGACGUGGUCAAUCAGCUGUACAUUGAGCUGGCAGGCAACAAGGCCAACAUUCAAUCCCAUUAUCGUGGCCACAAGCUGUCCAUGUGGCUCAACCUGAUACCGCAGCUGCAUCGUCAUUUCAACAUCAACGAUCAGUCCAUGCGGCAUCAUCAGUUCCAGGAUGAUCUCAACAGCCGGGAUCUCUACGAAGGUGUUGUGCGACCCCAGCUGCAAACGAAGCCCGCGGACGAUGACAACAUCAUAAUCAUACAAACGGGCCGCACCACAACUACCCCGCCGCCACCUGCCCGAAAGCAUGAAAACACAAAUGCAACAAAUGCUUUAAGCGCCACAGGUGCAACUGCAACAACAGAAUGUGGCAUCGAUGGCGCCCUGUCCGUAUCGGAGCUGACCACAACACAGGCGCCGAAGGACAAUCGCACACAGCACACACAAGUGGAGACGCACAAGGAUCUGGCGACAGCAUCGACGGGCAUCAUUGGCAAUCUGGAGCUGCUGCGCCGGCUGAGCGGCAAGCAGUUCCAAAGCUAUACGACGGCACUGAUAGCCACCGUGGCCGUUGGCUGUUUCCUGCUCAUACUCAAUGUGUUGAUCUUUGCGGGCAUCUAUCAUCAGCGGGAGAAACGGGCGCGCGAUGCCAAAACCAAAGAGGAGCUGCAGGAUGGCGAUACCAGCAAGAACUCGAGCAUACUGAAGCUCAAUGCCGCCGGAUCCGGCGAUGCGGUGGGCAGUGAUGCAUACACGCUGAGCGGCGCCGUGGUGGACACCAAGGGCGGCAUGAGCAUGGUCUUUGGCGAGUACAGCUGCUACGAUGAGAAGACCAAACAGCUGAAGGAGGAGCAGCUGCUGGUGGAGCUACCGCCGCAGCCGCACCCAGCGCAAACCACACUUCUGAUGGACAACUGGGAGGCGUGCUCGACCAGCACGCUGGAUCUGCUCAAGACGCGGCCAGCUGCGGCACAGCCCAGCAGCGGCACCCAUAUUGAAAUGGUCAGCUACAAUGCGCUGCCGGCGCUGGUCGAAACGAAUCCGUUGCCAGGCAGCAAGCGCGGCUCCUUUUUGGACACCAGCGGGCAGCUGCAGUUCGAUUACGCGGUCCAGUCGUCGGAUCAAAUGUCCUUCAAGGCCAUCGAGGAGGCGGUCAAGGCAGCGGCCAGCAGCGAUUCGGACAUCAUGCGUGACGAUGAUAUACCAGAACCGCCGCCUCCGCCGCGUUCCUUUCUAGCUGCCCAGCAGCAGCAGCAGCAACAACAAAUGGGCAUCCUGCGUCAGGCGGGGGCUGCGGGCGGCGCCAGCAGCUCCGGCGGCGGCAAGAAACGUGUACAUAUUCAGGAAAUCUCUGUCUAAUCAGAUGUGGCUCUCAACUAAGCUUAUGGAAUUUCAAUUUAACUCGCAAGCGCUCCAAGUGCUGGAACCUAACCGCUUUAACUAUAUUUUCCAUAACCCAUCUACGACUUUCUCCCGUACUCAAAAGCGGAUUUAUCUUAAAUUUCAAAAAUUUGCCACAAAAUGAAAAAGAAUUAAAAUUUCCGAAAGUUUUUUUGUUUUGAAGAAUAAUUUUCUCCUUCUAAAAAAGUAAUUAGUAAAGGUAAAAGGAACUUUUCUAAAAAUAGAUGCUUCUCAUUUUGGAACAAAUUUUUGAAAUUUAGAAAACAACUUUUUUGAGUGCCGCAACUUUUCUUAAUUAGUUCUUACUUCGACGUAGUUGUUUUCAAAAAUUUGUUAAUAAUAUGCGUAUGUGUGUACUUAUUGUCUGUUUGUACAUUAUGUAAAUGUUCCUUGUAGUCGAGUCGCGUGCAUAAACUAAUCGGAAUAUGUAGGCCUCAUCAACUAUAUAAAUAUAUUUAUAUAUAUAUAUAUA